AUGGCUAACACCCUUGGGGCAGCUGCUUCUUGCAGCAGCAACAGCAGCAGCAGCAGCAGCAGCAGCAGCGACAGCGUGACUAUCGACUGCAGCAGCAACAGCAGCAGCAGCAACAGCAGCAGCAGCGAGAGCUUCAAGGAUACUUAUAAACAAUCUUUACUAAAUGGCAACAAUAACAGCAGCAGCAACAGCAGCAGCAACAUUAGCAGCAACAGCAGCACAGACAGCAGCAGCGACGUCGGCAGCGAGAGCAGCAGCAGCAACAAUUGUCACUUUGACAGCAGCAGCAGCACAACAACAACUACCAGCACCACGAGCAGCAACAGCACUACCAGCAACAACAGCAACAGCAACACCACCAGCAGCAGCAGCAGCAACUGCAGCAGCAGCAGCAGCAGCAGUGGUUGGGUAUUAGAGGCCUUAGGCCCUGAGGGUUAUCUAUUAGAUGCUGCCUAUACACCGCAAAAACAUACAGAAUUCACUAAAAAUAUCAAGCAAUCACUUGCUGCAAGACAGCAGCGCCGAGCUACGGCAGCACCUGCAGCAGAAACAGCAGCAGCAGCAGCAACUGCAGCAACAGGAGGAUCUCCCAAGACAGGAGCAGCAACAGCAGCAACAGCAGCAACAGCAGCAACAGCAGCAACAGCAGCAACAGCAGCAGAGGAUGCUUGGCUAUCUGUUGAUGAUAUUCGUUCCUUAGAUGAUAGAGACACAAAGAGACAAAGACGUGAUUCAUCAUCAUCAUCAUCUGCUGCUGCAGCAGCAGCUGCAGCAGCAGCAGCAGCAGCAGCAGCAGCUCCCGCACCUCCGUGGAAGCAGCUCCCUCAACAGCAACAGCAACAGCAGCAGCAGCAGCAGCAGCAGAAGAGGAAGCCUGUAUCUAGAUGUUUUUAUACAGCACUACAUAUUGAAUUAUAUGAUUUGCUGCAGUUGCUGCAGCCAACAGCAGCAGAGCAGCAGCAAAGAUUAAGAGCAGCAGCAAACCUGCAGUUAGCAGCAGCAGCAGCAUUCCCUGGUUCUUGCUGCUGCUUUUUUGGAUCCCAAGCAACAGGACUUUAUUUACCAUAUGCAGAUCUAGAUGCUGCAUUAUAUAUACCUCCUUCUUUCUUCAACAGCAGCAGCAGCAACAGCAGCAGCAGCAGCAGCAGCAGCAGCAGCAACAGCAGCAAAAGCAGCAAAACACUUCUAGAGACACCUAUUGACCCAAAAAACAGCAAAAAAAACCCCACAACCCCCCCCACCACCACCACCACCAGCAGCAGCAGCAGCAGCAGCAGCAGCAACAAGAAUAACAGCAGCAAUAAGAAUAUAAAUCUGUUGAAGCCCCUCAUACUCUCUAUUAAACUCUUACUUAAACUUCUAAAUCCUUCCUUAUUUGCUGCUGCAGCGCAGCAGCAGCUGCUGCUUAGUCAUCUCUUCUUAGAAUUCUUAAAAUUCUAUGGAAUUGAAUGGGACCUAGAUAAGUGGGGAGGAUGUGUUCGUGGUGGUGGUCAUCUAUUCCUUAAAUCUACACAAAUGGCAGCAGCAGCAGCAGCAGCAGCAACAACAGCAACAGCAGCAGGAAGAGACGAUUUGCUGCGGGGGGGACCUCAUCCCCAGCGCUUCUGCAUGGAAAGCCCCCUAGAUCCUAUAUUGGACGUGGGUCGUAAUUCUUACAACUUUAAUCACAUCCGCACCGUCUUCGCGCAUGCAUACUUCACUUUAUUGGAUCGUCAGCUGCGGUGGAAUGAACGUGGAGAGACGGAUGAGAGUCUACUGUCUGCCUUAUUCUGCCCAUCACAUCCAAUCUUUUCCUUAAGACCUUUUUGUCCCCUUUCUGCAGCAGCAAAGCAAACCCUACGUAAUGCAGGUUAUGCUGUUAUGGACUGCAGCAGCAGCAGCAGCAGCAGCAGCAGCAGCAGCAGGAGACGACGGAGACGCAGCAAGAGUAGGAGAGAUGAUUCGCCUCGCAAACAAGAGGGACAUAGACGGAGAAGAAGGAGCAGGAGCUGCAGCAGCAACAGCAUGAGUAUGAGCAGCAGCAGCGGCAGCGACAGCAGCAGCAGCAACAACAACAGCAGCAGCGAUAGUGAUAGCGACACCGAUGCAGCAGCAGCAGCAGCAGCAGCAGCAUGGGGGGCCCCUAAGUAUUCUUUUAUGUACAUGAGUCUCCCUCGGUCUUUGCUGCAGGAGACACUAAAUGAAUUACUUGCUGUCUCCGAGGGAUGGCCGCAGCAGCAGCUGCAGCAGAAGCAGCAGCAGCAAAAGCAGCAGCAGCAGCAGCAGCAGCAGCAGCAGCAGCAGCAGCAGCAGCAGCAGCAGCAGCAGGUGGAUUAG